GUUGGAAAGCACAGCUGUUCAUCGCGCCUCGUCGCCAUUGUUAUUUUCUGUCUCUUUUUAGAUCGCGUCCUCGCAGCUCCCCUCUCCCCUCGUUUCAACCAGUUUCGCUCGAUUUUCGUGACGUGUGGACGUCUGUGCGCGGCGUGACUAUAUUUUCACGGUGUCAUCCUUUGUCCAGGAAGAAGCAAACUCUACAAUAACUCGUAACAACUACAGAAACUCCCCGCCCAAUCGUGAAAUAACUGGUGUAAUCUACAGGUGUUCUAACGUUCCGUGUGUUGUUUAGUGAUUCCCGCAUAGUCAAUCGAGCAUGAAUAAUAAAGAAGUAACCGGUGAUAUUGUCGUGUGUCCACUGGGAGGCAAAGGCUGGUGAUCAGGCGCAGUGUUGAGGCCGUAAGAUUCACCGUGUGAUGAGUCUGCGGUGACGGCUCGCCGCUGAGCGGUUGGAUGGCGGCUGUAAGCGGCCCCGCGCGGCACUCUCGCGUCUCCAUGAGUGUGUCCAUGUCGCUGAUGCAGGGCGGUACGCAGAGCGCGCCGCAGGGCGCCAUCCUGGCGGCAGCGGCGCCCUACUAUCAGACGCCGGCCAUCCCGACAGACGUGCAGCCCGACCGGCCUAUCGGCUAUGGCGCCUUCGGUGUUGUAUGGGCGGUGACGGACCCUCGUGAUGGCCGGCGCGUGGCACUAAAGAAACUGCCCAAUGUAUUCCAGUCGCUCGUCUCCUCAAAACGCGUCUUCCGAGAGCUCAAGAUGCUCUGCUUCUUCAAACACGAAAACGUCUUAUCGGCGUUAGACAUCCUACAGCCGCCUAGCCUCGACUUCUUCCAGGAAAUUUACGUGAUCACAGAACUGCUACAGAGCGACCUACACAAGAUCAUCGUGUCACCGCAGCACCUAUCAGCCGACCACAUCAAAGUCUUCCUCUACCAGAUAUUAAGAGGUCUAAAGUACCUGCAUUCAGCGCGUAUUCUGCACCGAGACAUCAAACCUGGGAACUUAUUGGUGAACAGUAAUUGCGUGCUGAAGAUAUGCGACUUCGGGCUGGCGAGGGUCGAGGAGCCAGAUGCCAGCAAAAAUAUGACACAGGAAGUUGUUACACAGUAUUACAGAGCACCGGAGAUCCUGAUGGGCGCGAACCACUACACAGCGGCGGUGGACGUCUGGUCCGUCGGCUGUAUAUUCGGGGAGCUGCUCGGCAGGAGGAUCCUGUUCCAAGCGCAGAGUCCUGUACAACAGCUGGAGUUGAUCACAGAGCUUCUCGGCACGCCGUCCCUUGAGGACAUGCGGCACGCGUGCGCGGGCGCGCGGGCCCACAUGUUGCGGCGCGCGCCGCGCCCGCCCGCGCUCGCCGCGCUCUACACGCUGUCUGUGCAGGCCACGCACGAGGCCGUGCAUCUACUCGCACAGAUGCUGGUAUUCGACCCGAUGAAGCGUAUAUCGGUAGUGGACGCGCUGGCGCACCCGUACCUGGAGGAAGGCCGGCUCCGCUACCACUCGUGCAUGUGCAAGUGCUGCUACAGCGCGCCCCCGGCCGCGCGCCACUACUCGCCCGACCUGGAGCCCGCCGCGCCGCACGCCUUCCACGACGCCUGGGAACGCAAGCUUACCUCCGUGCACCAGGUCAAAGAGGAGAUACACAAGUUCAUAGCAGAACAGCUGCAAACGUCGAGGGUCCCGCUCUGCAUCAACCCGCAGUCCGCGGCGUUCAAGAGCUUCGCAAGCUCCACAGUGGCGCACCCGUCCGAGCUCCCCCUCGCCGCACCACUGGGAAUGACACAAGCGACGCGCUCUCAACCAUCUACUCUAGCAAAACUCGACUCUAAUUACAACGCAAUAACGUCGACUAUGGAUCAGCAGUCGGCGAUCGACCUCAAUCAAGCGAUUCUACACCUUAACACCGGAACGUUAGGUCGCUUCUCGACUGCCACCUCUAUGGAACGAUCGUUGGCACCUAUCAAACUCAAAACGACUUAACUGAUAAGGUCGUCAAGCGAUGUUUGACUUAAAUAACUUUAUCCUAAAGUCGGUUUUGGAUUGCAGUCUUGGCGAACUCGUAUGUUUGUUCCAGAAGCCAAGGUUCAAUGACCUUCCACAUAAGUUUGCAUCAGUUUUGGUUUUUAAAAUGUGAUUCAGUAAUCUGCUUUAAAUAUACAUUGUAAUUAGAUUGUAGGUAAAUAAAACUAAUGAAAUAUAGUAAGUGGUGAUUUGAUAUAAAAUGAAUUGUUUUAAAAUCCAAAUACUGUGUACUGAGUAACUAAUGUAAAUUAUUCUUGGCAAACUUAUAAAAUUACUGUAUUUUAUCAGCAUACGAGUUCGCCCAAACAGUUAAAUGUAAACUGGGAUUUGAACUCUAGAAAUUAUCACAAAUAUUGUACAGUCAAUAAUCCACCUUAAUUCUUCAUUAACAGAGUUCAAAUCCCAGUAGCAGUCCACAUGUCACGUAAAUCGUUCCCAAAAAAAUAUUAUUUUGCUUUUAUUUUGACUUUGAAAAAAUUGAAUUGUAUAAAUACCGCACCAUACCUCAUUGCUGUAACUAGAACGCGUUAAAACUUUAAAACAUUGCAUUAUUGAUACAUAAUUAUUAUGUAUAUGUAAAAUUUGUGGAAACUUCCAUAGGUAAUGCUAUUGGGUAGACUAUAGAAACGCGAUAUAAUUAGUUGUAUAGAAAAAUAUGGACAACCAAGUGACAAAAUGGGCUUUAUAUUCUACAAUAAGGUAGGUUGCCUACCGGUUUUAGUGAAAAAUAUAGUAUUUUAUAGAAAACUGUCAUCUACCCAACUGUAAAACAUUUGAAUGGCGGGCUACCGUUUUAUUGCUCAAAAGAGUGGGCUAAUUAACAAGAGAACGGUUUGUCCAAUCACCGCAGUUGUCAAAAAUGUAUCCACCAAUGGUGUGACACCUGCUAAUUCCCUAUUGGACGACAUGACGUCCACACUAGUGCCAUCUGGUGAGCAUAAAACGCUAGCUCCCAUUGGUUGCGAGCGCGCAUUUGUUGGGUAAAGUAAAAUAACGCGACGCGAUGUCACUACGUAAUACUUAGGUCAUCUGAUGUGUGUACCGUAGCGAGUAGAGCUAUGUGUGUAGACUAGUAUGUGGAGCUGGUAAACUGGCAAUGUGGAAGACGUAGGCAAAGGAAAGGAUAAAAUGUUGUUCGCAACACUAUUUUAUACAACGAAACGUGUCGCCCUCGCGACCGGACGUAGCUAGGAAAGAGGAAAAUGUGUAAAGAGACAAAAUGAUGGCAAGGCGUGGAAAAAGAUGGGAGGCGGGCAGGUCAAUGACCCCCGCCUCGGAGAGUAUAUACAGUAAAGAGUCGCUUCGCGUAGUACUAGGUUAUGUUUCAUUUACCUCCGCGAUUCCAUGUAAUUGUAAGUGUGACGUAGUGUCAAUGUGUGCCUGAUUGUGUUUCUACGGACGUUGCAAGUUGCGAGCAAUAAGUAUUGCAAUAUUAUAUAACGCGUUACGACAUUUCAUUUUAUUACUAUCGAUUUAUUGAUUUAUUCUAUGUGUUUCUUUUAAUCUCCUUUUUAGGCCGUCUACACACAACAGUUUCAUACUUAAUUCAGAUUUCAGUUGUGUGCCAACAAGGGUCUCUUGCAAACUGUCGUGUGUAGCCGACCUAUUGUGUAUACUAAGCUUAAUCCUAAACACCAUUGUAUGUAACAUCGACUGAACAUUUUUACGUAGUUAGGUUAGAAUAGUGUUAGAUAUAUUACAACUACUAAUCUACUCGGCGAUUAUAAAUAAUUAAAUAAAAAAAAUAAUGUACGAAUGAGGUUCACAUACUAUCAUUGCAGUAGUGAGAUAUUUUAUAGCAAAGUGUUUGUAAAUGUAUUUCAAGCAUUUAAUAGAUAUAUUAGAGGUUUGACAUUAUUGUACUGAAUUGAAUGUGUUAGUGUGCGUGAAUAUUACGUCGUUUUCGUCUAAUUAUUGGCAUUGGUAAUCUUAAAUGUGUACUGCGGCGUAGAAGUGUAGUCACCCAUUGUCUCGACACUAAGAACAACACUAUAGUUACUGUAUUACGACAAACAACUGCUUUAAAACAACUGAAAACAUACAGACAAUAAUAAAACAUGUCUUAAUACAACGUGUGACUACAUUCCUACGUCGUAUCAUUCAAAAUUAAUGUUUCCAUUUAAGUUGUAAGUAUGUAUGUACUAUGUAGUUGUACUACAAUCACGCUGCUAACAUGUAUAGCAUAGACAGACUUCGUGUGAAUGUCGCCAGACGUCGUAGCCUUAAAACUAGUUCAAAACUAUAUAAAAGAUAAAACAAAAAAACUUUGUAAAUAAAUGCAUAGUAUUAAUGUUAGUCUAGUUUGGUAUGGGAUGUAUUCCGAUGUAGCAAGCCCACAACUAGUAGGUUUGUCUUACAAUACCCUUAUUAUGAGUUUGCUGUACGUUGAGCGAUAACGAAACGUUGGUUGUUUCAUUGGCUCCGGCCAAUCAGAGCGCCGAACGCGCUCUCGUUUCAAUCUCGUUCAACGUAAAAUAAAUUCGUACUAAGGGUACAGACCGCUGCACGACUUGAAAAACUUAUCAAAGAUUCAAUAUCACACUUUUAUUCACUCAACAUUUCCCCAUUCGGGUGCAAAAUUAUACAGUUCUAUGUUUUUGACUAAAUUACACACCAAACUAUCCGUUAUUACAAAGCUAUAAAGUUUGUUUUUAUUUGUCACUCCUAUUUUAAGAUAGUUGUGGUUAGGUUGAAUAAUUUUAAAGUCGUGCAGCGAUUUGAAUAAGACCUCGAUGGUACAAAGGAGGAGUGCUUGCAAUUUGCGGGUUUUAGCUGUCACACAUACUAUAUAAGAUAGAAAUUUUGGGUGUAGUGUUAAUUAAUCAAAUCUAAAUUCAUGGAUAUUGGAAAAGCAUCUAUUAUCUACAUCGACGCAACUUAUGUACAAAAUGUAUGAAAGGUUUUAUUCAAUCAUUUCAAGAUAUAACAGUUUGAUUUAAACAUAGGGAACAGAUGUAUUUGUGUGUGACAGCUAGAACAUCGCUCGAGCCUCGACGGACCCACCUUGCCUUAUCUCAGAUAACUGUCACUGUGAUCCGUUUACGCGUAGUUUUUGGAGCCCCGCAACCCCUCACCCCGCACUAUGUGUACUGUACAUACGAGUGGUCGUUAGCUAAUUAUUGUCAUUGGUUUAAUAGAAAUUUGCUUAAUUAUAUAACUGCUGUAUAGGUAUACGUGUCCUCCGGUCAAGUUGAUUGUAUGUAAAUAAGGUUAGUCAGUAGGUGAAUAUUGUCUCAGUAGUUGCGGAGUGGAUGGAAUUGUAUCACUGUAAAUGGGAAAUUGUAUGGACAUUUAGUAUUCGAUUAAUGAAAUCUGAAGAGACAAGUGUAUGCACAUUUGAUCCACAAUCUGCGACUCGUGGCCGUGACGGAGGACGUAGUCGCCCGUGCGACUAGCGGACAGUAUUGCGGCGCCUACACGAACACGCUUCUUAUUUUAUGUAAUUGUACGUAUUGCGUUUCCAGACUUUCAGAGAUCUCGUAUUAUUUUAAGUUUUAAGUACACGACUGUUCAUUUACACAAGUGAUCUUUAGUUGGUAGGACAACACGUUUGUAUUCUUCUUUGUACCCUGCGGCCAGUCAGCCAAGGCUUUUCUUAAUUUUAAGUGAUCGCACACUCGAAUGCGCCCGCGCACGCGGACGGCUUCGCACUAUCUUUACGUUUCGUGUAAAUACUAGUGGUAAAGCGGUAAGACUUAGUUUUCGUGUUAACAUUAGGUCGCGUCAUUUCUUAGUUUGUGUUCAAUAAUCCCAUAUUAAUUUUGUAUUAUAAUAAUUUCCACAAUAUAUAAAAAAGUAAAAAAAAAAAUACAAAAUAUGAAAAUGAUUUGUAUCCUUCGUUUUAUGAUUAUGACAUUUGAUUUAAUUACUAUUAUUACCAGUCGUAAUGUAAAUAGUACUUUGUGCACUGAUAGUCUUGUUUAAGUUAAUUUUAGAUAUUAAUUAAAUGGCUGUAUCGAUUCUCUUUAUGUAUAGCCCAAACAACGUUCACUAUAAGACUUAGUAGAAAUGUUUCCUUUGCGGUAUUGUCCCUUAACAUGUGUAAUGUAUAGUUAUGGUUUUAGUUAACAUUUAGUAUUGUGAUUUAGUUUGUUGAUUCAGCGACCCAGAGACAAUGUAAUGUAAAUAUAUGAUACGUGUUUCUGUCCUGUACGGAGUUAGUUGCAUUUUACCAUUGUUGCGAACUGCCAAAACUAUUGUAAUAAUUUUGUAGCGCCGUGCGACACUGCACCACAUAGCACACACCGUCGAAUGAGAGCGAUGGAGAUUUUGAUCCAAACACUUCCAUUUUACGUAAUUAUCAAUAGCAUUUUAGUAAUUUGUGUUUUGUAUUUGCUCAAAUUGCUAUAAAUAUUGCCUGUUAAUGUGAAUCAGAAUUUCUAUCAGUUCUAUGUUCUGUUUAGUACAGUAUUUGUAUUUCGUGUGUAAUUAGAACGUGAUGCGCUGUGGUGCGUGGCGUACGCGCGGGUAGUGAGCCGGGGUAGCGACGGACGCCCGGCUCGCGACACUGUAACAAUAAACUACUGCAUAAUUAUA